UUACAAAGGCUGAAAAAAGACCUGUAGUCAUAAAAUCCCCUAAGCAGAGGAUCCUGAUGUUCCACAGAACCUCUUUUUCAUUUCUCUCUGUUCAAGGAGAGAGAGAGAGAGAGGGAGAGGAGGAGAGAGAGGGAGAGAAAGUGAGCUCACGUUCACACAUUGGUAAAGAGGCUGGUCUUGCAAUGCCUUUGAAUAUUUUACUUUUAGUCAGUUUCCCAUCAGAGUCAGAGUCAUACAUGCACACACUGAGCUGAAGCAAACUACAGCAAUGGACAGCACUAGAAGAUUUGAAAUCUAACUACAUGCAUUAUAUCUCUUGGAUAUAUUUUAAUUACACACACACAUUCACACACACACACGCACACACACAGACAUAGACACACAGACAUAGACAGAGACAAUAUCAUCUGCUGCACCACCUAACAAAUACCUUUUCUUUCUCAGAGGAUACACAUACACACACAUCUCUCUUUUCAAUCUCCUCCUGGCUUCCUGGAGGAUUGUGCCGGCUGUUUUUCAUGGAGAAAGUCCAGGGAGAAAUGGAGAUUGAAAGAUGGGAAAGGAGUGAAGAGCUGUCAGAUGCCGAGAAAAAGGUGAUUCAAGAGACCUGGAGCAGAGUGUACACCAACUGUGAGGACGUUGGGGUCUCCAUACUGAUCAGGUUUUUUGUCCAAUUCCCAUCUGCCAAGCAGUACUUCAGUCAGUUCAAGCACAUGGAGGACCCACUGGAGAUGGAGAGGACCCCGCAGCUGCGCAAGCAUGCCCGGCGGGUCAUGGGCGCUGUUAACACCGUAGUGGAGAACAUCAAUGACUCCGAGAAGGUCUCCUCUGUCCUGGCCCUGGUGGGCAAGGCCCAUGCCCUCAAGCACAAAGUAGAGCCUGUCUACUUCAAGUUCUUCACCGGCGUCAUGCUGGAGGUCAUCGCUGAAGAAUAUGCCAACGAUUUCACCCCAGAGGUGCAGAGAGCCUGGACCAAGCUGAAGAGCCUCAUCUACACCCAUGUGACUGCCACAUACAAGGAGUCAUGUCAGAGAACAUGCGGAAGCUGGAACCAGGCGUCUGAAUUCAUCGGGCCAGUAGGUGCUACUCAGUGGCCACGACCCAGGGAGCUGGCAGUUGGCAUGUGCGUCUGCAGGAAGAAUGGGGGGUGUAGUGCACCCAAGCUCUGGCUACUCUGAGCCCUCCUGGCUGGAGGAAAGGGAAUAAUGCAAAGAUGAACUGAACAUCCUAAGGGGCAAUUCCUGAGUGUGAUGAAGAGUCUCUCCUCACUGGAAAAAGGCUUUGCUCCUUUUCCCUCAGAGUGAAACUGGGCUCCUCCAAACGAAGUGCCUGGUAAUAAUCACUGUGUGCAAGACACUGAUUCCAUCCUCACAAGCACCCACGUUGACUUAGAACAAGCGACCCCCUCUGGGAGAGCUGUACCGUCUAGCAGCAGGAGCUCCGCAUGCGGUGACAGCACAUCCUCUGUUCUAAUCCUUCCUCUGACACUCUCCUUCUUCAGCCCUGGGCAAAUCCCUUACCUUCUCCACCUCGGUUUUGCCACUUGUCAAAAGAGGCGGUAAUACUCCCUACCUCCACAGGCACGGCACUGCGGGGAUUAAGCAGCGCAUGUCUGUACAGUGCUAGAGAUGAAAAGCCAAGCUGCUCGAAGAACUCACCGAGAAGCCUGGCACUGUUUUCACCCAAUAAUUAUUCACAAGCAGACUUCUCCAUGAGGCACCCCGCUGGAGGGGCAAGCAUUCAAAGCAAGGGGCAGGGCUCUUUUCCUUGGAGACACUCAUCUGUGGCAGACUCCCCACAAGCCUCAGACACAGUCUGCACCUGGGGAGAGACCAGCUCUUCCUCUGCUCGGCAUGCCUGGCUCCAGUUACAUUCCCAGACCUCUGCACAGCGGCCAAUGGUCAGUUCCUUGGGCAUGAGGCUGGCGGCGUCCCUGAUGAUGCACCCAAUUACAAGAAGGCCAAAAGCUUGGGGUGACCCAUGUGUGCUUUCUGUACCACAAGUGCCCCUUCCAACCACCCCCGCAGCAGCUCCUCUUUCCAGCCGGGCCUAAGAAAGUGGCUUUUCUCACUAGGGCAACUUUUCACACAGACCAACUGUGUGGUCUGUGCUGGCACUGAGCCCAGGAACUAAAUCAGUAGUUACACCGGGGAUGGUUUGGUCCUAUGCAGCCUCUAUGUUAGGAGGCUGCACUGAGCCAAACCUAGAGCCAAACCACAGCUGUAAAUACCUGUAGUAAGUAAAGGGAUGGUCAUUUCCCCAAAACCGCACUCAGUUUGUGAGAGAACUUUCCUCUCUCCUCCUUCCACCUCCCCUCGUUAUGCCCCCUCUCUCUGCGCCUCUCCCCCCAUAUGACUUACAGGAUAAUAAUGUACUUGGGCCAAUAAGAGAUAUUACCUCAUCUUCCUUGUCUCUCUAUUCUCCUGGGACUGACAUAGCUACAUCAACCCUGCAUACAAAGUACUACAGAGUCUGCUAUCACAUGGGAUUUCCCCUGAAACUGCCCUUCCAGUUAUGUGGUGCUCACCUAGAACAGUACAUCGUGCUGAUGUUGUGAAUAGCCUGCUGCUCCAUUGCACUUCUAUUGUAACUAACCUGCUAUUGGAUGGCACCUACUCCAUAAUCACUCAGCCUUGUUUAUCCCAUGCAGACCAGCUAUUAGACAGACGAGUCAGAUAGCAAGAGCCUUACUUAGACUGGAAGCUCUUUGGGGCAGGGACUGUGUUUGCUCCUGUAUAGGACUGAGCACUAUUGAUGCUUAUUUCACAAUGCUUAGUAAUACAGAGUGGCUCGUGCAUGUUAUGGACCAUAGAACUAAAGCUGGGAGUAAGUUUAACCAAACAGGAACUUAUCUUUCUCUUACUCUUUUCUACCAACACAGAACAGAAUCAUUCUGCUGGGAAGUAAAUCCUUCCCUGUUUGCUUCGGCUGUGGCUGGCUCCUUUCUGUGAGUGGCUGGUAGAACAUAAGCCUUGUUGUUACCUGCAUAAUUUCUCUAUCCCUUCCACACUUUAGAGACACACACCUUUACCCAAAUCCUAGGGCUCAAGGUGCAGCCCUGUUAAUUUCCACAGCUACCCUUACCCAGUUCCUAGGGCUCAAGGCAUAACUUCCUGUGGGGUUGCAGGAUGUUUUGCCACUGAAAGAGCGUCACACAGUAAUAUUCUUAUUCUCUAUCUACUCACAAUUCUCAAGCAAGCAGAACACACAUGCUAAGCACACAGUGUCAUGCUCACCAAUCCUGAUAAAGGCAGGCAGACGUUCCAUUGGCCGGGCAAGGUCAGUCUCUCUGGAUCUUAGCUGUUGCACAUCACAGUGGAGCAGAGGAGUCCUAACAGUUCUGGUCUUAGGCUGUGUCUUGGAGGUGAAUUCUUCUUCCAGGUCUUCCCUCCUUCUUCUUGGUCUUCCUUUCUUCCUUUCCCUUUCCCUUCUUUCUUCUUCUUUUCCCUUUUUCCUUUUUCUUACUGGCCUCCUUUUUGGACCCCAGUUUAUAUAUUGAAACUUGAGACCUGCCUAGCUAUACCUUAACCAAGUAUUUUAGUAGAAUUUUACUAACCAAUCAUAACAUACUCUAACAGAAUUACCUAACCAAUCAUACCCCACCACCUUAGUUGAUUUACACCUAGCAA